AUAAAAUUCUGUAUUUCAAGAGUGUCAUGUCUUCUGAGAUUUGUCUUGCCCUGGGUGUAUGCUUUUCGGUUCAAGGGAUAUGGUACCAGUGCUUCUUUCUUUAAAAAAAUUUUUUUAAAAAGAAUUAUUUCAUUUUAUUAAUUAUUAUUUUUAUAAAUUUGACCAGAGUGAGAGAGAGAGAAGGAAUAUGAGAAAGCAAGUCGCCAGAUCUGGGACUUGAACUGCAGUCAGCCAUGUGGGAGUCCAGCGCCUUAACUACCACAUCACUUGCCAGCCCCUAGUGCUGCUUUCUUAAUCAGGAGUGACCUUUUCAAGUUGUUCGGUGUUUUUUCAGGUGUACUCAUUUCUAAGCCUGCUUCCAUUUUGCAUCAUUUAUAGUAAAUAUUUCUCAGCCUACUGCUUUUUAAAAUUCUCAUAUCACUGAGAGGUUGGUUUUUCUUUUCAAAAAGUCCAAGCUAUGUGGCUUAACUGCUGUGAAGCUUUUUCAGGCCAUGUCUUUCUGAGAGAUAAAGCAGUACAGUGCUUCACAGAUGACCUUGAGGAGAGUCAUUUUAUUUUCUCUGUAAGUCUGUUUUAGAGGCAGUUACAAUCUCAGUCUGUAAAAUCUAAAAUUGUCACCUGUUCCCCUCUUUUAUAAUCUAUGCCUUUAGAAGUGAGUUCAAAAUGAGACUUGCUGCCAUUUUCAGUAUAAAAUAAGAUUAAAAGGGCAAAAGGUAGUUUUGUAUGAUCUUUGUAUCACAAUUACGGAUGCUCUGUAAACCCAACUUAAUGAUUUUUGACUAGGGUCAUACCUACAUUACUUCCUCUGUGAUACCUUCCCUGAACUGUUAGACACCUUUGGAAGGAAUUUGAUACCAUAUAUAUUAGGAAUCUGCAAGAAGAUACCUCCAGGAAUGCGUGGAAUUUGUGAAGAUACUGUUGGUUGCUGUCGCCUGAAAAGUUACCGUGGUUGGUGAUACUGAUAAGUCAGCCUCUCUUCUGUUUUCAGGCUAUGAUUUUCAUCCUGUUUUGCCCCACCUGAAAAUGAGGUCUCAACACACAUUCUACCAUUUCUUUUUAAAUGAAGAUUCAAUGCCUCAGAUUCAUUGGUUUAAUUUCUUCACGGUUUAUUCACUAGAAGGCAACAUGGCUUUGAAGAUGAUGCAGUUUUCUUUUGUAACCAAGGUCAAGACUAAUGUCUUCUGAGAGCUCACGAGAGAACACUCAAGCUCUAAAGCUGUCAAUAACAGGAUUCCAGAACAAGGAGGCUCUUAGCGCCCCGAAACCAUCCGUCACCCAGAGCCAGCUGCCCGAUGUUCAGCACAAGACUCAGCUAUUCACCGAGAUACACCUGGCCGAGAUAGAGAAAAUGUUUGACGAGAGCAUCAGCUCCACUGGAGCCCUGAACAUGGAAAUGUUCAUCAAGGCCAUGAAGAAGAUUCUAAGGAAUGCUUCGAAUCAGAUGCUGGAGUCCCUGUUUUUGAAGGUGGACUCAGAUUGCAAUGGCUUCGUCACCUGGCCGGAGUAUGUGGAUUACAUGAUGCGCGAGUUCCGAGGAAAGGAGGAGAUGAGGAAGAGCCAGUACCGCCUGCACUUCCACCUUCCCAUGAGGAUCAUCCCCCUGAAUCAUGGGUGUGAGGUCGUGAAAGUGGAGUUCUUAAUCCACAGGUUCAAGAAGGUUGGGUGCUUUCUGACUGUCACCAAAGAUGGGAUCCUGCAAUUCUGGACUGAGUCCUUCUCACUGAUCAGCUCCUUUAGGCUUAACAAGAAGCGGCAGCUCCACAGCCAGCAGAGGUGGGUCAUCGACAUGGUAUGUCUGCACAAUGUGAACCUCAUUGCCGUGGCAUCCACUGAGCAGCAGAUAGAUUUCUUUGAUGUCAGUAACCAUAAAUGUGUCCAGGCCUUCACCUUUACUGAUCUGGACAGCUGUGUCCUGGUCAUGGACUACUGGUCCGACUAUCAAAGAGGUGUGUUCUGCUAUGGGGACACCAAAGGCAACGUCAUCAUCUUCACCUCCGACAAUGUGACCAAUGGACUCUUCAACCCCCACAUCCUCCCCAGGGCCUCUAAACGAGAUCACUGGGUCAAAGUUUCCACACAGAAACUCUUAAAUGAGAAGUCCCCUUCGCAUCGAAGUUACCGACUGAGGGCUCUCCAUCCCAACUGGUGUCAACAGGUCAAGUUCAUCCCCGAGCUGAACCUGGUGGUCUCUUGUUCAGCCAUUGAGAAGUCCUCUCUAGUGCUAACAAUAUUGCCAGUCAAAGCCUCUGAGAAACCUAAGUUGUCGGUGCUGAAUUUAAGAAAAGGAAUUCUUUGCUUUGAUUACUGCCCAGAUAAGAACUUCCUGGUGACCGGUGGGUAUGACCCCCUCAUCCGCCUGUGGAACCCCCUUGUCUCGAAAAGGCCUGUGUGGCUGAUGAAGGGACAUCAGACCUCAGUGACACACAUCAUUGUGAACAGCAAGAACAACAACAUCCUCAUCAGCGUCUCCAAGGACAAGAACAUCCGUGUGUGGGACAUGCAGGACUAUGUCUGCCUCCAGUCCUUCUAUGGGAGGCAUUUUUCCCUGGGCAACUGCCCCAUCACCAGCGCCUACUUCCAUAAGAAAAAUGAUACCCUAAUCUGCAGCACCUUUUCGAUUGGAAUCCUAACCGGGUACUUGGAGGCCCAGGGGCCCAUGAAAGCAGGGAAGCUCACAACUCACAGUUCCUCCCUGUGUGCCAUCCUCUACAGCAAGAUUUUUAAGCAGGUAGUAAGUGGCUGCCAGGAGGGCAUGGUGAGUGUGUGGGAGAUUGUGACGGGCAAGAAGACGAUGGAGUUCUCCGUGUCUGGUGCCAAGCUCAUGGAGCUGACAGCCAUGGCCCUGGAUGAGUCGGAGCGGUGCCUGCUCACAGGACUGCGUGAUGGCACAGUGAAGAUGUGGAACUACAACAUCGGCGAGUGCCUGCUGACCUUCCCCAACCCGGACCAACUGGAGGUUAGUGGGAUUGUCCAUAUGAACCAAGUAUUCUACAUGACAGGAUGGAAUAGGAGAAUCACUUAUUUCAUGUUCCACAAGACCAAGCCAGUGCUCUUGUGCUACCAAUGGCAGACCUUCCACUCAGAAGACAUCCUGAGCAUGGCCAAGUACCAGAACCAGUUCAUUGGGACUUCCUCUUACAACGGAGAGAUCCUCUUCUGGAACAUCAACUUGCUCAAGCCCAUCUUGAGUUUCAACGCCUCUGAGAGUCCUUUGCCCUUGCAGCCCAAGAAGGUGCAAGUAGUGGAUGACUGCCGGCCUGAGGACCACCGGCCCACCAAACCCUGCAUGGAGAAGUGGGUACACAAGGUCCCUGUGAAGCACCUGGGCCCUGGCGCCUGGACCACGGCCAAUGCCACCCUGAGGCGGAACCUAGUGUCGGCUCCACCAGUGAUGAGAGGGUCAAGGGACAAGGAGUCUGACUGGCAUGAGUCCCAGCAGGUGGAAAAACCUGUCAGCGCUGGCAGAUCCAGGCAGCCAAGCAAGUUCUAUGGCAAACAGCCAAUUUAUGAAGAGGUUGAAAAGAAAGAAGAAUUCCGGAAGAAGCUGUUGCUGCAGUCCAGCUCCUCAGUGGAGAAGAUAAUCUUCCUGCAGACCAGGCCUCGCCUGCCAAACACGGCUGCCCUGCUGAGCAGCUGCAUUGAUGGCUACAUCUAUGCCUGGUCCAUCCACGGGAACGGAGGCCUGCUGGGGAAGUUCCCCGUCGACUUUGAAAAUGAUGGGUCUGUUGUGGUGGGUGCCAUGGCCACUGAUGAAAAUGACUGGAUCCUCAUCACGGGGGAUUGUAAUGGACACAUUAAGAUCUGGGACAUCAAGAAUUACUGCACAUUCAUUGACCAUCGGCUAUCCCAACCUGCUGGGGCCAAGACCAUAUAUAAAACAGAGAACAAGUUCCAGUCCUUAAUUCCUAGACAGCUGGGGACCAGCUUGCCGCACUACAUUCCCUUGGAGGAGAAGAAGGUUGUGGAUGGCCAGACCAUUUCCUUGGUUCCCCCUAAACUCUUGAUUACCUGGAAAGGCCAUCUGGAUAGUGUGGCAGACAUCCUGUACGUGGAGAGCUUUCAGCUGGUUAUCAGUGCUGGCCAGGACCGGAACGUCAAGGCAUGGAAACUCUCCGGUGAUGCCAUUGGGACAUUUGGCCUGGAUAUUUGGAAGAGGCUACAAGAUACCCCGAUGGAUGGUCUCGAAGAAGAAGCAAGCUUAGAGGAGAAAGCUGACUCCAAAGGCACUGCCCACAAGCCUUCCCGCCUGGAGCUGCACAGGGAGGAGCGGGAUCUUGCUGAGGCCCUGGUGUAUCAGCGGCGGGAGCAGGUGGCGUUGAUGGCCCUUCUGAAUGGAAAAGCGGAUACGGAGGCAGAGGCUUGGGCCCGGCUGCAGAAAAUGGCCCUGGUGGCCCCAUGGGCCAAAGAGCGCCCACUGGAAGACAUCGAGGACAGCUGGAGCAAGUGGGAGUCCACGGGCAAGCAGGUGAGCAAAAUCUUGGGAACAGCAUAUAAGCCGAAGGAACGGUCACGGAGUCCCAGAAUCCUGUCCACCAACGUGAAGUAUGGCUGGAUGAAGCAGCAGAUCUCCCCCCAGAUCUACCAGAGCCUAUACUUCAGCCAGCUGACGCCUAUCCAGCAGCCCAACUUCAUGGUGCACAGGCCCCUGGACCAGCAGGGCCGGCGCAUCCAUCUGGUGACCCGUCAGAAGGACCCGGAGGACCUGGAGCCCGACAAGGCGCAGACCUUGCCAGACACUGUGGCCAGCACGCCUGCUGCCACCCUCUCCCACUUCUCCUUGCUGUCCUCAGCAGCGUCUGCUUCCAGAUUGCUGGACUCCAACUCGUCUGCCUCCCCAAAGCCCCAGUUCUCCAUGUUCUCACUGCGGCCUUGGUCAGCCUCGACGGCCCUGUCCUCCUCCUUGGCCCCAUCCCAGGUGUCCGAGUCCAUCCUGCAGCGCCUGGCGAGCCCCAUGCCCAUCACUUCCUCCCUUGAGUGGCACCCGGGACCUCUGAAGGCUGCCCUUGCGCCCUCCAUGAAGCAAGGCUCCCACGUCCGGUUCUGAGGUGUCCUGCCCUAUGCUGCAGUCCCCCAUCAGGGCAGCCAGGCCCAUGGGGCUCCUAUGGACCCUGGUGUACAGCCUGCCAGGCCCAGAGCAUGUGAACCUGCCCAGCUGCCGCACCCUGCCUCUCGGGUAGUAUGAGCCUGUGCUCUUGCUGGUUCCCAGAGUCCUGGAAAGAAAAUAAAUGGUCUCGAAUGUUGAGGUCCUAC